UAUUUCAUGACUGUUUAAUGAUCACACCGGUCCAGAAAUAAGUUUAUUUUAUAAAUAAAUAAUUAAAUAAUUUUAUAAUUAAAGUGUUUAAAAAAUGAAUUAUAAUUUAAUUUUUUGAUAAAUUCUUGCAAAAUAUAGAAGUGUGUCAAAAGUCUGACAGAAGAAAAUUUCUAUAUCUACUGAAUAGAAAAAUUAGUAAAUUUUUUUGAUUGUGAAGACUCAUUUAUUAAGAUGAGCGUAGUAAUAAAAAAUGAAGUAAUAGUAAAAGAAGAAGAAGAAGAGAGUGCAACGUUUAGCAAAAAGAGAAAUGAAAAGGAAAAACACGAAUAUGAACAAAGACAAUUACAAAAUAUGGAACUAAAAAGAAAAGCUAUGAUGUUAAAAGAUUGUUUAAACAAAAAGCAAAAAAAAGAAAAUUUAAUGACCAAAGUCGACAAUGCUUUAAAAUUUGCAAAAAAAGCCUACGAGGAACUUUUAGAUAUCAAAAAGUUUCUGAUAGAGUCAAAUUAUAAAGAACAAUCCCAUCAAUAUGAGAAUAUGGAAAAUUCUGCUUUAUUAGAAGAUCAAAGUAGUGAAGAUGAAAUGCAACAUAUUUCAAAUUCUUCACAAAAUGAAUUUGAUUAUAUAAAUUAUUUCGCUUUUUGUGAAGUAGAAGGUGGUAGAUCACCUUCAAGUGAUGUUUUUUUAAAAGAAGAUAAAAUUUUACCCGAAGAUUUAUGGAUGAUGCAAAAUAAGGCUGAAAAUUUUGAUAAUAAAAUGAUCAUUGAAUUAGUUAAAAAUAGUGGAGUGUUUAUUAAUAAAUUGAAUUUAAAACGAAUUCUUUCACGAGCUCAAAGUCAAAAUGUAUUAGCCAGAGGAAUUAUGUGUGAAUUAUUUACACCUGAAGCGCUAAGAAAAUCAUCACUAGAUGGAAAAGCAUCAGAUACAGAAGAUAAAAAGAGGCCACGUCUUCCAACAAUUGCUGUGGAAGUUAUGCUUCAAUUUGUUCGUUCACAUGCACAAACAUAUAAUUGGAAAUUGACAUCGGAUAUAAACAUUAGAAACAGUUUACGUGACAAAUUAAAGGAAUUAAGAAGAAAAAUAAGACAGGCAAAUUAAAACAAUGUCUUUUUAAUUGAAAUAUUUUUUAUUAAAUUUUCCUCAUUAUAUGUAAAUAAUUUUCACUUUUUUUCAUUGUAUGUAGUUUAACAGAUUAACGAAAUAAAUUAUCUAAUUAUCUACUUAUUAAA